AUGUAAAAUAAACUUUUUUUUUAUAGAAACCAUAUUAAUGUGACCUUUUUUAAUUAUUAAAUUACAAUUAAUCUCGGAACCAUUUUUACAAUUUGAAAAUAUAAUGAGAAUGUAGAGUGUAGAGGAAAAUGUAAGCUGUUAAAUUAACAUUCACUUGGUUGUUGUGGGAACAGUAGAAUUUUUAAUCAUUAUCCGAUUCAUUUUUUAACAAAAUUCAUAUAAGGCUUUGAAUAUUUCAAACUUAAAAACAAAACUUUGAAAUAAUAUCGCAUAACAAUUGUGUAAUAAUCAUUACGAAACAUUUUACUAGAUCGAUUUAAAGAAGAUAAAACAAUUAAGAAUAUUGCAGAAAGCAUCGAUUCAAAUAUAAAUGUUUCGAAGUAGACAUCAAAAAGGUUGUUUCUCUGUGUUUUACAGUUUAGGUAGCUCACCGUUACAGUUUUGGUCUACUCAUAUCCAAAAUGGUUACGUUAAAAGGGUUGUAGAUGAGGAUGUCAAAUCCGUUGUCAUGGAGAUUAUGGGUUCAAAUGUAUCCACCACAUAUAUAACAGGGCCUCGAGAUCCUAAAAUGUCCUUUGGCAUCAAACUACCAUUUUUAGUGCUGCUUAUAAAGAAUUUACAUAAAUAUUUUACUUUUGAGGUUAAAAUUUUAGAUGAUCAACGGUUUAUGCGACGUUUUCGGGUUUCGAAUUUUCAAAGCAAAACAUCUGUAAAGCCAUUCUGCACGGCUAUGCCAAUGGGUAUGUCUCCGGGUUGGAAUCAAAUUCAUUUCAACCUAGCGGACUUUACACGCCGUGCCUAUGGGACCAAUUACAUGGAAACCGUUCGUCUACAAAUACAUGCGAAUGUACGCAUACGGCGCAUAUACUUUACCGAUCGCUUAUAUUCAGAAGAAGAUCUGCCGAAUGAAUUCCGUUUGGUUUCGAAACCCGCGGAAAAGAAAAAACAACGCGAUUAUACAAUUCCUGCUGCCCGUCCUCCAUCGCCUGCGAAAUCGGCUGCUACAACUGAACGUGGCGGGUCUCCGACUGGUGAGCCCUCAGCCGCUGAACCUUCAGAGAUACCUACUGAUACCGAUAUUGAAAAAUAUUAUUAAUUUCGUAGAUUGAUAGCAUUAGUAAAUGCUCAUCUAAAACGAAGAGUUUUUGAACAUCCUUUUUCAACAUUACAUUAUUUGUAUAACCCCUACUCAAAUUACUGUCAAGUCAAUUUUAUUUUAUAUGUUAUAUUAUAUUUGGUCUAAUAAAAACGAUUUACUCGCUUUACGAAA